AUGCGUGUCUCAACUGUCUCUGCCAUCAUCGGGCUCACUGCCGGCUUCGCCAGUGCGGCUCCGGUCCAGCCCAAGGAAGUCCAGAACCGCGGUGCUGAUCCCCAGUGGUACGACAUCACCUACAUCGACAAGGUGAAGCGUGAGGAUGCCGACAAGAAGCGUGAAGCUGAGGCCCAGUGGUAUGACAUUACCUACAUCGACAAGCGUGCUGAAGAAGAGAAGAAGCGCAAGGCCGACCCUCAGUGGUAUGAUAUCACUUAUAUCGACAAGCGCGCUGAGGAAGAAAAUAAACGCAAGGCUGAUCCUCAGUGGUACGAUAUCACAUACAUUGACAAGCGUGCCGAGGAGGAGAAGAAGCGCAAGGCAGACCCUCAGUGGUAUGACAUUACCUACAUUGACAAGCGCGCUGAGUAG